AUGAGGAGGACUAUCCGUGCUGGUGAGAGGCUAUCCUCUCCCUGGCUACACCAAUCGCGACCUAGAGCAUCAAACGGUCGUCUCCAUUUCUACACCUCCACCACGCGACACCAGACGCUUGAUCUCACCGGGCGCACAAGAUCACUGUCCUCGCUGAGCUCAUCCCAUUCUCAGCCAUUGUCCUCCGCUCGUCAUCAACGCAGACGCGAGUCCCAUCCUAAUGACACGGUCCGCGAAUUCAAUACCAGAAACAACAACGUUGGCGCCAGUGUGGUCUCCUCACACGAGGCCAUCCAGCAAGAGGAACCGGACGAGGCCUCCCUUUUCGAAGGGGAAGCCGACUUUCCCUCCUGGGAGACCCCCGAACAAGAGCAUGAAUAUGCGGAGAAAUUCAUUCGCGUCGUUGAAAAUGGCCAGCCCGACCAAGUGAUGAAAGCCAUGACCGACCCACGGUCGGCGGGGCUAGUUGGGUCUCUACCCCAGACUGUCUUCCUUGAGGCGCUCCACCUUCUCUCCCCGACCCAUUUUGUGGAGCCCUUCCGCGACCUCCACCACCCUUUACACACUUGGGCCGUGCUCGUCAAUGGCCUCCGGCGCAUCGAGGAAGUUUUCGACAGUUUUGUCAAUAAUUUAUUUACCGUCAUCCGCUAUCGGACGUCAGGCGGGCAGUUUUUGCAAUUGGCGGAAUUUACCCACCUCCUGGAUUGCGCUCGGGCCAUGGGAAAUGGCAAUCUCGCAGAUCAGGUAUGGGACACCAUGAUGAAGAUGGACGUGGUCCCCGACACGGUCUGCUACAACCACUACAUGGAAGCAAAAGUCUGGGACCAUUGCUAUACCGGGCGAGAAGCGUAUCGCAUGCGCAUGAAUCCGAAAAGUUACAGGAAGCGGCGUACUGAGGAGCCAGUACUAGGAUGGCAGGGUUUCGGGACUGCACAGAGGAGUAUUCGGAAGCUUAUCCUCCGUAUCUUUAGCGAGAUGCAAGACGAAGGUCACCUCGGUGAUGAGCGCACGUUUAUCAACUUGAUGCUCGCUGCAGCGCAUGUGGGCCACGACCGGGCGAUGAAACAUAUUCUGAAGGAAGUUUGGAACGUGGAUGCGGAUGCGCUGAAGGUAGAAGCCGACAACUCAAAGCUGCCACCAGUGACAGCCUACGACCCGUGGUCAGCGCUCUAUCCGAGCGAGAAGCUUCUUUUCGCAGUGGCUCACGGUCUGGGGGUGAACAAUGACAUUGCCGGCGCGGUUCGAACAGUUCAGUUCAUCUCAUCCUCUUACAACAUCCCAAUUCCCGCAAAAGUCUGGCACGAACUGUUCGAGCGAGCCUACGUACUAUCACGCCAGCGAUGGUCGGCAUCGGAGACGGAGAGAUCUGAGAAAUACACCGAAUGGGCAAAUACCGUCGGACGAGUCUCUAUUGACGUCGUGCGAUCAGUCUUUGACACCAUGACUUCCGAGCCCUACAACGUGACCCCAACGCUACAAGAGUGGCGGUUCAUGAUCAACACCAGUAUUGACAGUGGUCGACUGGAGGAUUGCAAAGACUACAUCCGCGGCGCAUACAAUCUUCUAGAGGAAACUCGAAAAAAAGAGGCCGAAGCUCACACAGUCGUGAUGCGCUGUCUCGCCCCAGCCCUCGAAGCCGCCCGUCGACAGAUGCGACAAGGUGCCACAAUGCCAGACCCAGAGUUAUUCCGCUCCCCCAUUCUCGCCGAAGCGAUUCAAACCUACGACAUUAUCAGACUCGAGGUCUGGCAACAAAUCUACCUCCUCCAGCGCAUACUGUACCUGGUCGUACGCGUGCCCAGCUGGAAAGACAUCUCCGACAAAGAAUGGCAUCUCCAAGAACGACCCAAAAUGCUAGAAGAAUGGGUCGAUUUCAUCCCGAGCAAGAUCCAGCUCUUCUACGGCGAAGACACGGGUCACAUCGAGAUGAUCGGCGCCAAGGGUUUCGGCAGCCGCUCCUACAAAGUCGAUCCUCGGUAUAUCCCAACACGCCGACAAACCGACCAGAAAGGCCUCUUUGAUCCAGGCCGCUGGCCCCGCUGGACCGAGCAAGGAAAAUGGGACGAUAUUUCCGUGCGACAUCCCUAUCUAGAUCGGACGGCGGCACCGCUGGAUCGGUUAUUCAUGUUCCAAUUGUCCGCGACGGAGGAGUUUAACAAGGCUUUGGAGAAGAUGCGUAAUACUUGGACUGAGUAUCCGGAUGACCAUGAGUUGUCGACGAAGAAGAACCCGCAUGCUGGGUUGUAUGGACGUCUGGCCGCGUUGGAUAUGCUGAAGCCGAGGAAUAGCAAUAGCGUUUUUUUGCUGGAUGAGCAAUCUUGGAUUUAG